AUGGCCUCGGUGCGCACCUUCACGCUGCCGCACUACCACCUCUACCCCGUCCACGUGGCCCUCUUCGACCAUGUCACAAACGCCUCAUCGCUGAGGCGUCAGCUGCUAGACGCAAAUCCAGACUUUGACUAUGCCUUUCUCGACGCCUCCAUGAUCAUCUCACCCCAGCACCUGCUCUCGGCCACUUUCAUUGCCCUCCACAACUUCCUGACCGGUCGUGCAAAGACUCGCACCCCCCAUUCCGAGCUCGUCUUCCGCCUCUCGCCCAACAACAACAUUGCACACGCCUACGCCACGUUUGGCAUCUCGGACCACUCGACAGCCAUCAUCGCUGUCAAGCUGCCUCUGUCGCCCUCGCCCUCCGCCCCCGGCCGCCCCUACGCCAAGGACGACUCCGUCACCAAUCAAAGCGUAAGCGCACAUCUCGCCAGUGCUGUGCAAGGCACCAGCCUUGACAUCGGACACGACGCCACCGAGCUAGGCUUGCGCUGCCAACUAGACAAGGUCAGAAAGGUCUAUAAACUGGGUAGUGCUGACGGUGGGGCGGCGACGACGACGACCAAGACGCCCAAGACUAAUGCAUUCACCACACAAGGUUGCCUCGAGGCAAUCAACCACGACAGCGACAGGGCCGAGAUUGAGACUGUCGUCUUGGGCAUGAUUGCCUUGAAAGGCUCCUAG